AUGACUCGAUCCAAUUCUACAGGAGAGUUGGAAUUUGAUCCAGAAAUCAAAUGCAGUUUACGGAAGUUGCGAAAAGAGGCACGUCAAGCAAGUUCUUCAUCUCUUGGUCUCAAUAUAGCCCUUGGUUCAGCAUCCCAUAGUUCAUCCAGUGAUCCAGAUUCAGAGUUAGAAGAAGAGAUGGUCGCUGGUAGAACAUUAAAGGAGUUGGCUGCCCCUGAUUUUAAUCAGCAGCCUUUGUGUAUUCAGUACCCUACUUCGGAUGUUGCUUUUGAACUUAAGUCUGGUCUAAUCCAGUUGCCUACGUUUCGUGGUCGUGCAGGUGAAGAUCCGAAUAAACAUCUAAAAGAAUUCCAUGUAGUCUGUUCAAGCAUGAAACCGACUGGGGUGACAGAGGAGAAGAUUAAGUUGCGAGCUUUUCCCUUUUUGUUGAGGGAUGAUGCAAAGGAUUGGCUCUAUUAUCUACCAUCGGGGACAGUCGCAACAUGGAACGCGAUGAAAAGGCUGUUUUUAGAAAGAUAUUUCCCAGACUCCAAAGCUGCCACCAUCAGGAAAGAGAUAUGUGGUAUAAGGCAAUAUAAUGGGGAGACAUUGUAUGAAUAUUGGGAGCGAUUCAAGAAGCUAUGUGCAAGCUGUCCUCACCACCAGAUAAGUGAUCAAUUGUUAAUCCAGUAUCUUUAUGAAGGAUUGUUGCCUAUGGAAAGAAACAUGAUAGAUGCAGCAAGUGGAGAUGCGUUGGUGGAUAAGACUCCUAAAGCUGCCAAACAAUUAAUCUCAAACAUGGCUGCCAACUCCCAACAGUUUUGUACAAGACAUGAUGCACCACCCAAAAGGGUGAAUGAGGUAAGUACAUCUUCCAUUGAACAACAAUUAUCUGAUCUUACCUCUCUUGUUAGACAGUUGGCUGUAGGGAAUGUGCAACAGUUUCAACAAGAUACAAGAUCUAGUAUUCAAAGUUUGGAGAAUCAGAUGGGUCAAAUGGCAACUGCUAUAAGUCAUUUAGAGGCUCAAGUUGAAGGGAAGUUGCCUUCUCAAAUAGUAGUGAACCCAAAGGAAAAUGUGAAUGCAAUAACGCUAAGAAGUGGCAAGAAAGUGGAAGAACCGAAGCUGAACAUUCUAAGUGUAGCAAAGGAAGCAGAAAUUGAAGAUGAAAUUGGGAGAAAAGAGGCUACAACUGAAUCAAAGGUAAUUCCUAACCCUUCAAUUCAACUUCCGUCUAAUACUUUACCUUUUCCUAGCAGAUUCGCGAAGUCAAAGAAAGAAGAGAAGGAUAAAGAGAUUUUGGAGAUGUUUCACAAGGUGGAAGUGAAUAUACCUCUAUUGGAUGCAAUUAAGCAAGUGCCAAGGUAUGCAAAAUUUCUGAAAGAGCUGUGCACCAAUAAGCGGAAGUUGAACGGUGAUGAGAAGAUAAUAAUGGGAGAAAAUGUGUCAGUAACUUUCCAAAGAAAACUUCCUCCCAAGUGCAAGGAUCCAGGUAUGUUUACAAUUCCUUGUAAGAUAGGUAACACCAGAAUUGAGAGAGCUAUGUUAGAUUUAGGAGCUUCGAUUAAUGUUAUGCCAAGAUCUAUUUAUGCUUCAUUAAAUCUAGGUCCUGUGAAAGAUACUGGUGUUAUUAUCCAAUUGGCUGAUCGUACUAAUGCAUACCCUGAAGGGGUAGUUGAAGAUGUUCUUGUACAAGUCAAUGAGUUGGUGUUUCCGGCUGAUUUUUACAUUCUGGAUAUGGAUGAUUCUUCGUCUCCUGAUCCUACACCUAUCUUACUGGGAAGACCAUUCCUAAAUACAGCUCAGACAAAAAUAGACGUUCAUGAUGGUACCCUCACGAUGGAAUUUGAUGGUGAAGUAAUUCGUUAUAAUAUUUUUGAUGCCAUGAAAUAUCCAACUGAUGUUCAGUCUAUUUUUGCUAUUGAUGUUGUUGAUUCCAUAAAAUUAUUGCCUUCUAUUUUGCAGGUCCCUACACUGGAGUUGAAGCCAUUACCGUGCCAUUUAAAGUAUGUGUACUUGGGAGAGAAUGAGACACUGUCGGUAAUUGUGUCGAACAAGUUAACACCCAAUCAAGAAGAGAAACUAGGAUUUUUAGGGUAUAACCAAAUUUUCAUAGCACUGGAGGAUCAAGAGAAGAUGACAUUCACAUGCCCAUUUAGUACCUUUGCCUAUCGCCAAAUACCGUUUGGUCUCUACAAUGCUCCAGCCAUAUUCCAGCGAUGUAUGGUAAGUAUUUUUUCAAAAUAUGUUGAGUCAAUUAUAGAGGUGUUUAUGGAUGAUUUUAGUGUUUUUGGUGAUUCAUUUGAUCAAUGCCUGCAUAACCUUACACUAAUUCUAGAUUCUGAUCAUGUAGCUCUUAGGUACUUGCUCACAAAGAAGGAGGCAAAACCAAGGCUUGCAUGUGGAGGACAUUUUGGACCACAAAGGACAGCUCAUAAGGUAUUAGAAUGUGGUUUUUAUUGGCCAUCAUUGUUCAAGGAUGCCUACAUGUUUUGUAAGUCAUGUGAUAAUUGCCAAAGAGUAGGAAACAUUUCUCGUAGAGCUCAAAUGCCACAAUCUCCUAUAUUUAUUAUUGAAAUUUUUGAUGUUUGGGACAUUGAUUUUAUGGGUCCAUUUCCUGUUUCCUUUGGUAAUGUUUAUAUUCUGUUAGUUGUUGAUUAUGUUUAAUGGGUGGAGGCAAAAGCCACCAGAACUGACACUUCAAAUGUUGUUGCAGAUUUUGUUAAAACUAACAUUUUUGUCAGGUUUGGGAUACCAAGGGCCAUAAUCAGUGAUAAGGGUAGUCAUUUUUGCAACAGGAUAAUAGAGGCACUACUUAAGAAAUACCAUGUCACACACAAGGUCUCCACAUCGUACCACCCACAAACCAUUGGCUAAGCGGAGGUGUCAAAUAGAGAGAUCAAGUCAAUUUUGGAAAAGACAGUGAACCCAAACAAGAAGGAUUGGUCUUUGAGAUUAGACGAUGCAUUAUGGGUAUAUAGAACAGCAUAUAAGACACCUAUUGGCAUGUCCCCAUACAUAUUAGUGUUCGGUAAGCCAUGUCAUCUUCCAGUAGAAUUAGAGCACAAGGCUUAUUGGGCAAUCAAGCAUUGCAAUAUGGAGAUGAAGGAAGCUGGUGUUAAUAGGAAGUUACAAUUGCAAGAACUUGAGGAGUUGAGGAAUGAUGCCUACGAGAGUUCAUACAUCUACAAGACAGAGACUAAAGCCUUUCAUGACAAGAUGAUCUUAAGGAAGCAUUUUUCAGUUGGACAGAAAGUCCUUCUUUUUCAUUCAAGGCUGAAGUUAUUUCUGGGUAAGUUACGUUCUCAUUGGGUGGGACCUUUUAUUGUGACUAAUGUUUUUCAUCAUGGUGCAGUAGAAAUCCAAAGUUUGCAAACAAACAAGGUGUUUAAGGUCAAUUGA